GAUUUCUACGUUGGAAGAAAUGGAUAUGAAAGUAUUACAGUUUCAGAACAAAAAGCUUGCUCAGAGAUUAGAACAGCGGCAUCGCAUAGAAACAGAACUUCGUCAAAGAAUAGAACAACUAGAAAAAAGACAGAUGCAAGAUGAUGCAGUAUUAAAUGUUGUCAAUCGUUAUUGGAAUCAAUUAAAUGAAGAUAUUCGUGUAUUGCUUCAACGAUUUGAUGCUGAAACUGCCGAUGAAUCAGAAAAUAAAAAUGAGUCUGAAGCAACAACAUCUUUUUUAAUGCAACUAUCUUCUUGGGAUAAAGAAGAAUUGAAUGAUAAAUUGGCACACCGAGUACAAGUAUCGAAACGCGCUGUUUCUAAAGUUGUACAGGCAUUUGAUCGAUUAUCACAACGGAAUGAAAAAAUAUCUCUCGCUUUAAAAGGCGAGUAUAGUGGAGAAACUUUACAAAUUGACGAAGUUAUUAAAAAGACAAAUAUCGAAAUUCAAGCAGAAAACCGUAAUUUGCAAGCUAUAAACCUCCAGCUUCAUGAAAAAUAUCAUGCAAUGUCGUUAAAAAUGUCUGAGCUGCAAGACACAAUUACUGGAAAAGAUACGCUCACGGCUGAAUUAAGAAAUCAAGUUGAUGAUUUACAAUAUGAAUUAAAUAAAGUUCGUGCAAGAAAUGAUAAAUUAGAACAUCACCUUGGUGAGGCAAUCGAAAAACUAAAAACAUUUCAACAAAUUCAUGGCUCUGAUGAAAAAGGAAAUAAUAAAUCGACUUCUCUGGUUGCAUCCAGUGUUUCGCAAACAAAG